AUGAGAAAAAAUCGUGUACAACCUGAUACAAUUCGGUUAAACGGUGACAAAGGUCAGUUAUCAAAAGCAACUGUCACUACAACGACAACAAUGCAGUAUGUAAGACGAGUACAAGUUGUACCAAUGUCGGAUGCAAUUGAACAGUUACAAAAUGACAUUGAUCAUUCGUUUAAAGACAUAAAAACACCGAAUAAAUCUUGUAUGGACGUUGCCCCUACGAUAAUUCCAACAAAGUCUAAAAAAACAUUAUGGUUCGUUGGCUCCUUGUUUAUCACAUUUGGUCUUGUUGGUCUAGCGGCUAUUAUCAUUGUCUUAUCUAUUACAUUUGGAAAAAAUAAUUCAAUUGGAUUAGGGGAUAUUGAACGUGAGUGUAUAAAACGUUAUGACAUCGGUGAUUUAUUCUAUGGUAUGAACAAUCUUGUAGAUAAAUUUGUUGAUAAUUCACAAUUGUCCGCCGACAAUUCUGCUAGUGUUCAAAAAUGGUUAACAGGUCAAUUACAAAAUGAACAAGGUUUUAGAGGAUUAUUUGUUAGUUCAGUUUUAGUUCAACAGAACAAUGCUAGACGACGAAGCUCAUUAGAAUCUACACUUGAACGUACCACCUCAUUCUCGGAAUUAACUUCUGAACUAUUUACAGCAGUAGAUGAUACUUCUAUCUUUCCUGAAACAUCAAACGAAUACACAUCAUAUAUUACUCAGUUCGAUUUAUUAAACACUUCAACACUACCGCCAUCCUUACCAUCUUCGACAACAGAUUAUAAUCUUGAUUUCACUACAUUUGAAUCGUCGUCAAGUUUUAUUACAAGUUCGGUUAGCAAAACAACGAUGGACUCCUCAUCAAAAUUUGAUUUGGUUACUGGUAUGAUUGGCUCCACAGACAAAUAUUACGAAUCAGAAUUAACUUCCACUAUAUUUAAUUUCAAUAAUAUAUCUAGCGAUCAAGUAACAUUAAUCUCAUCCGAGUCCACUUCGCAUUCAACUCUUUUUGAUGGUCUAUUUUCGUCAUCGAACGAAGAUUUUCAAGUCGAAAAUUCAACUUUGUUUGAUAAUGGUAGUGUGUCGUCGACUGAAACUGUUUAUGGCAAUUACCAAACAGAGACGUCAACAAAAAUAAUACUUUCGACAUACGAAACCACAGAUUUCCCCUUAAUGCCGGAUCUGGAUUUUACUUCUCCAUUCUCAACUGUGUCUUUGGAUACUAGUAUCAGAUCGCGCACGCAAUUCUAUGAUCCAGAAACCACGACACUGUUUUUUCCUGCACAAAAUACUGGUUUUCCUUCAACAACAAUUAGACCUGCGCGCCAGAGCACAAUAACCGACGCGAACAUUACUAAUCUUCAUCCAACAACAAUUAUUUCGUCAACAAUAUAUGCCACAAGCCCAACUCAGGAAUCUACAGCAUACCAAACUAACGAAGAUCUCCCAUCAAACCCCAUCAACACCGUUAACUAUACCACAACACAGCCAACAAAAGUAAGUAAACACAAUAUCCCACUAUCCAUCACAUCAAGCGAAUAUACAACCGACUAUCGCCAUACACCGCAUGACCUCUCCUUCACACAAAACGCAUAUACUAAAAGUUCAGCUAACCUCACCAGUGCAUGGCCCCAGAAUGAUACUAGCUUGAAAACCAAACAACGCCUAUCCACAACAAACCCCACGUACUACAUAACCCGACUGACAGAAAAUCCUCAAAGCAUAACAUCAUAUGCUGUCGAAAGCUCAAUUAUUCAAGAUGCGCUACAAACGUCUACACUGAAUAGUACACCUCUAACACAGACGGACAACUCCAUUAUGUCCACAAGACUGUCAAACGUGAGUUCUACAUUGACGUCAAAUGAAACAGCAUCAUUAUCCACGAUUAGAGUGCUAACGACUGUCGCACCAGUAAUGAAUACAAAUUCGACGACUCUAUUGAGUGAUACUUCACAAUAUGAGAGUGUGAAAACGACUCAUCAUCUUAAUGUGCCGUCAUCUGAAACUUCUUCAUCUACGACGAGCCAGUUCGACGAGACAAGUACACAAAUUUAUUCAACAUCGAUGUCUACUAGCGAUAAGAUUAAUAGUGAUAGUCAAUUAUCGAGCAUUACAACAUUAUCAUCGUUGCUAUCUAAUUUUACCGAUAACAUCUCCAGUUCGUCUUCUGUCAAUGGACUAUCAACAAAAUAUGCUCAAAGCAUAACAUCAAAUGCUGUCGAAAGCUCAAUUAUUCAAGAUGCGCUACAAACGUCGGUGGACUCUUCAAAAAGUAAUCUAAACACGAAUACACCAUUAGCCGGUGCUGUCUCAAAGAUAACCGGAUCUACAUUUUAUUCAACAAGAACAACUUCUACACUGAAUAGUACACCUCUAACACAGACGGACAACUCCAUUAUGUCCACAAGACUGUCAAACGUGAGUUCUACAUUGACGUCAAAUGAAACAGCAUCAUUAUCCACGAUUAGAGUGCUAACGACUGUCGCACCAGUAAUGAAUACAAAUUCGACGACUCUAUUGAGUGAUACUUCACAAUAUGAGAGUGUGAAAACGACUCAUCAUCUUAAUGUGCCGUCAUCNUGGACUCUUCAAAAAGUAAUCUAA